GCGGCCGCCCCCGCCGCCCGCAUACGGCCCGGCCCGGCCGCUGGGUGCGAGAUGGCCGCCGGCGGGAGCCGCGGGCUGCUGGGGCUGUGGCUGCUGGCGGCGGCGGGGCUGGCGGCGGGCAAGGCGCCCAGCUGCCACGAAGUGCGGACGGCUUUCCAGCUGCGGCAGAUCGGGCCCCUCAAGCUGGUCCCCGACGUGCCCACGGCCGAGUCAGAUUUACAGAUCUGUCAACAUAGAGCGCCAACAUGCUGCACCAAAAAAAUGGAAGAAAGCUACCAGGCAGCUGUUCGAAGGGAGAGGUAUCAGAGUAUCCAGGCAAUGAAUUUUGAACUGAAUUACAUGAUUGUUGGUCAUAUCACAGCUUUUCAAGAGGCCUUUGAGUCCUUGCUUCGCUUAGCUGAAAACCGCACAAGUUCCCUUUUUGAGACAGCUUACAGACCUAUGGCGAAAGAAGCAGCAGAGCCUGUUAAAAAGCUUUUUAGAGACAUCUCUCUCUACAUCCUGGGCGCAGAGACUACAGUGGAAGAUGCAGUAUUAAGAUUCUUUGACAGUCUCUUUCCUCUUGUGUAUAGUCGGCUUAUAAACCCAGGAAUUACAGAUUUAUCAGAGGACUAUACAGAGUGUCUAAGACUUACGAGGCAAGACAUAAAUCCUUUUGGACGCUAUUCUAAAAACAUGGUUACAGAGCUGUCAAAAUCUCUUUGGGCAAGUAGGAUGCUCAGCCAGGCCCUCAGUCUGGGCAUCGAAGUAAUAAAUACUACUGAACAUGCAGUUCUCAGCAAGGAAUGCAGCAGAGCUCUGGUGAAGAUGCAGUACUGCCCUCAUUGCCAGGGCCUGACGCUAAUCAGACCCUGCGUCGGAUAUUGCCUCAAUGUAAUGAGGGGCUGCUUGGCCAGUGUGUCAGAACUGGAUGCCCAAUGGAGGGAGUAUAUCUCCACGCUGGAGUAUCUGACGAAUGAGAUGGCUGCCUCUCAUGACCUGGAAAUCGCCCUGACAGGAAUCCGGAACUCCAUCAAUGAAGCCAUCCUGCAUGCACAGCUGAAUGGACCACAGCUCUCUGCUACGGUUGAUAAAGUGUGCGGACAGCCCAAACAACAAGAAGGGAACCUGUCAUCAGACCAUAUAGUGCCAGUGAAGGAAGCGACUGAAACCCAGGCAUUUGUGAUGGCUCACGCUAGUCUGAACAAUAAAAGAAGUUCUCUGCCUCUGAAAGCUUCAAAGAAUGACAAAUCAAGAAGUUUGAAAAAAAUCUCUCGAGAAUUCAUCAAUUACAUGAAGCGAUCCCGAACCUUUUAUGCCUCUAUAGCAGAAAGGCUGUGUGAGGGAGACCUGGUGAUGAAAGACAGCUCAACCUGCUGGAAUGGAGAAGAUGUUGUAGAAAGUUACACCAGCAGAGUUGUUUCCAGUGGACUGAAGGCACAAAUUAAUAAUCCAGAACUGAAAGUCAGAGGACUAGACCCCCUCAUCAGUAAUUUAAUUGAUAAACUUCAGCACUUUAAUCAACUGGAUGCUGAGAAGGCAAAAUUAAAACUGGAAAGAUGGGCUUCCCGGGAUGCUGGCAGUGGGGGUGGAAGAAGCGAAGAAAUGGAGUCAAGUGGGGACUGCGAUGAUGAAGAUGGCUGUCAAGGAUCUGGUGACAGGAUUCACACAGCAGAUAUACUCAAGGACAAGAAAGCCCAUCCAGAAAACAGAAAUGAACCAAAACCAACUGUGAAAAAGAUUGACACCACAACCACCACAAGCAUUGUCAAGUCAUCUUCUAAACACAGUGUAACUGGAAGCGGGAGCAAUCCAGCCCUGAGUUGCUCACUUGUUAUUUUAACAGCACUAGCAGUUCUGUGGCAUUGUCUUCUGUAGCUGCAUUGCAAUGCAGCCACUGCACAACCAUUUCUGUUCACUGUCAUUUAUACCUACAGCCUUACCCACAGAAAACAAAGUUAAAUGGCUCUCUAGUUUAUGCGAUAUGUUAGAAUAAAUAUUAAACAAUCUGCUGGGGUUGGCAGAUAGGAAGUGUCAUCACUUACAGUGUCUGAAGAUAGCUUCUGACAAAGCCUACCCAGGAUACAGAGGGAAUGAUGACAGAAGUCUGAGUAGCUUAAGUUAUGGGGUAGAAAUAAUUGAGAACACAAAAAUUGUGUAUGUGUGUGUUACUGUUUUUCUCAGUUUUGUUCACUGGAAUCGCACUGGCUGGUUUUGUUUAAUUUUUUCUGAUAAAUUAAAUGAAUGGUGAGUAUUCAAAUUUAAGCCAAUAUAUACGUUAUUUCUCCAAGGAGCAGCUAAUAAGCUAUGUCUACAGUUGUAAACCAUGUUAAUGUGAAGUACUCUUACCAGCUUGAUGAAAUUCCUAAGUGGUCAAGAAGAUCAAAGCAUGUUUGAAACUUUUCACUCUUACUGUUUAGAUUGUAGGAAGCAACAUAAAAGCAUAUGGUGUGUCUAAUAUAUCAGUAUAGUUGCCUUAACCAUGGAAAAAAUUAGAAACACUUCGUUUACUGAGAGAUAGAUAGUGAGUUUCCCUGCCCUACAAAAUGCCAUUACCAAAUGCUUAAGCAUAUGCUCUCAAGGCUUACUGGAUCCAUGUCCAGCAACAGGAAAUACAAGCAUAAUAAUGUUUUGUGAAGUUGAAUGCGGUUUUGUACAGAGCAAAAAAAAAUGAUAAUUCAGUUCAAACUUUGCAUAUAUGAUGUUAAAGAGAAAAUGACUUAAAUUUUCCAUAAAGGUCCCAGAGAUGUAAGUUACCAGGAACUCCCAUUACACACAAACUAGAUUUUGCGCAUUGUGGAUCUCUCAAAUCAUCUGUUUCAUAAGCUCUGUAUUAUUUAAUUACAUUUAAUGUUUAAAAUUUUGUAUCAUGAUAGUUGUAAAUGUAAAGCAAUCAAAUCUAGAACAUUCUCUAUAAUGUCUCAUCAUGAUUGCUAUCCUAGAAAAUGCCAAAAUAUGCAUUAUAUUAGAAGGCUAUUUUUUUAAAAAUUAAUGAUACAUUGAUACAUUUUAACUUUUCAGAUGAAAAGUACUAUCAUAACUUCUAAUGGGUUAAGAGUUAAUGUGUGUUUUACAACUAUGUUUACAGUGCCAUUGAAUAUAUAUAUACAAACACAACUGUAUGAAUACAGUGAUUAAUGAUAAAUUUAUGAAGCAUUAUAAUUGUUAUACUUACUACAUUUCAUAACUAUUACAACAGUUUAAUGGCCAUUUUCAUGUUGUAGACUAUUAUUAUGUACAGUUUUAUAAGAUUUAAUGUAAAACAUUUACCUUUGUUUUUUGUAAAACACCACUUUUGAUACUUGGAGCCACACAGCCAUUGUCAAUCAGAAGAAAGAACCCUGUAUCUUACAGCUUCAGGCAUUUUAUUGGCAACUUUGAUUAUGAAAGACAUGCUGAUUCAAAAAAGGUGCCAUGUGCCAGUAUUACUGUGUGCCAUUUUAUAAAAUGGCAAUAAUACAAGACAAGUAUACAAUAAGUGGACAAAGACUCACUAUAUUUGUAUGUUUUCAGAUAGCAUUAGUGAACAUGUCUAAAUAUAUUUGCAGAGGUGGAGCUUCAGUUUUGUUUUUAAUUUGGGCUAUGAGUUCAUAUUUACAGACAUAAAAGUGUAACCAGAACCAUCCAGCUGUGAAAGAGUUGUCUCUAAAAUGAAAAGAGCUAAGUUUUCUAAAAUAAUUCAAUUUUCAUGUUGGAACAAGGAGAUAAAAUGGAAGAAGAUACUUAUGCUAACAUGAAAUACUUUGAGUUCUGAUUUUUCAAAAUGGAAAGGAUAUUAGUAUCACUACAUAGUGUUUUCCAAAUCAUAUCAAUGUAAAUCAGUUUUCCCAAAGGUACAAAAAUGUCUGUCCUGUACUUUCCGGAGUUUUGAGCUGCACCAGUCUAUUGAACCAUAAUUAAAAGUGCAACUUGUAUUCAUUUUCAGUGCCCUUUGGAAAAGCGCACUUUUACCUGAGGGGGUGUGCAAGUCAUGUCAUUUGUACUAUGAAAGGACAGUAUCAUUCCUGCAGUCUUAAAGGAUCAGUUGUGACGGCUGCUGUUAGACAGUUUGGUCUCUGUGCGGACACAGAAACGUACCUCUGGUGCUAACAUAUCACCAGCUCCUCAGGUAAUACUGAUCACUGUGGCUUCACUGAAGAAAUUCAAAGGUUUUUCAUGCUUGUGAACCUGACCCCUAAUUUAGUAUUCUCACAACUGAGAUACUGUCAUUGUUAUUCGGGCACACACAUCAGCAUUUGCACACUUAAGUCUCCAUCAGGAUUCCUGUGGAUAGAGGUGUGGUUUCAGGGUUGAGCUCUGAAGCUAACAGAUUUCUGCUGGGCAGCUUGGCCUUUUCUCUUCUUCACACCUGCAGAGUGGGAACUUGAAUACCUGGAACUUGCAUGUCUUUUUGAGGUCUUUCCUCUAAAAGUUCUGUGGUUUUAGCUCAGACCAGUGAUGCAGCUAUCCUAGUAUUUAGCUGUAGCAGGGCAAGUGCAGAAACCCUGAAAGUAAGUGUGUAUGGAAUAACUCACCCAGGGAACUUUUUGCUGUUGCUAAACCUUUAAUAUAGCUAAUCAAAAAAAUGUGAAAAAUUGAGUGUUUGAAUUUUGGGGUUGGUUAGUAUUUUUAUGAUGUAGCAUUCAUCUCUGAAGCUAAACAAGACAACCCUUUUCAAGUUGCUGUGACAAAACUAGAACAAAUUCAAACAGUGGGAUGAGGUAGAUUCAUCAAUUUAUUUUGUUGGACUCAAUACUUUAAUAGGCGCAGAACAGAGGAUUCAACAGCUAUUAAUGCAUUUCACGCUGAUGUACUUUUACACUGUAAGAAGAGUUCUGGCCAAGCUGGCAUGAAAUCUGUUCAUAAUGUGCAUCAGAAAUGGUGCAGCUGUAAAGAGCCAUGCAGUAUAUUUUUACUGAUAAUUUGUUAUUUUUCUCAGGAUCAGUUACAUACAUAUAAAAAAGAGUAUUUUCCAUCAAACAAAAAAAAUGUGUACUAGCAAAGGCAAAAUAAAGUUCCUGUGUCAGACAGGAAGCAUUUCUUUUUGAAUGAUCAAGAUGCCUAUUUGGCAAAAUCUUAGUUUGAUAUCAAAGACUGUAAUUCUCAGUAAUUUCAAAGGUCUAAAUUCAAAAUACUUUUGAACUUGUCUGUGUAAUCUCAACGUAAAAUAACACACCAGUCUAAGAGCAUUGCUGUAGCUUUGCCUAACAGUUAUGAAUUUUAUUUAGCCACUGCUUUUUGAAUGUUUAUUGUUUUGCUAUGACUUUCUUUUAAUAUUUUGCUGUGCCAGCAUUUCUGAAUGCCAGCGUUGGAAAGUAACUGCUGUCAUGCAUUUGUAAGUAAAAACAAUCUAUAAUUUUCUCUUGAUAGCGAUGUAGGCUUCUUAACAAAUAAGACAAAGUUGCCAUGGACAUACAGUCAGUUCCUAGUGUCUCACUGUUCUUUGGGCAACAUGUUACACCAGGUUCAUGUGAGAGCUUCAGGUGGUUUGUGUAUCACUGUUCUCCUUCCUGGCUAUGGAAGUAUCAGGGAGAAAAGUGAACACAGAUGGACAAAAGCACCUGUGGCUGCGGUGUUGCCAUUGCAUGGCAACCUCCAGCUGUGUUUUCCAAGGCCCUGAGCUGAGUGUUCUCCCCUAAUUUUCAACAGCUUUUACACCUCUCCAUGUUUAUGCAUAGGGACUGGGCAGGCAAAGAGCAGCAGCAAAGAGCAGCAGGAGAAUCUAGACUGCAUCUUAAGGCAACUUCACAGACACCUGCUAUGAAUUGCACUUUCUUUGCAAUUCGUGUACUCUACAAAAACUUGUUUUCGGCCUUGAUUUUUUUUCCUGGCUCACCUGUUGCCAGUGUUAUGUCCUGUCCUGAACCAGGUACUCUGUCAUUGUGUAAAGAACUGUUGAUUCUGAUCUCUCACGCAGUAAUGAACCUUUUGAGGUAUAAAUAUCUGUCAGAGCUUGAUAGAGCAACACAAAUAAUUAUGUCCAGCUGCAUUUACUUCAUAGGCUCUGGGUAUGGGUAUCUGGCUAUGAGAUUCACAUCUCUUUGAUCUCUUAAAUCAGAUCUGUAUUUAAUAUAUCCCUAUUUUAUUUUGUUACCAGGACUGUAACACAUAUCAUAAUUUUUCAGUUUGACUCUCUUAUGCUGUAUGGGUCUUCUCAAUACUGUCCUAAUGAUGCUGUGUGCAGUCUUCUUUUUAACGUUAGAUGAGCCUUUUUGCACAGACUUACUGAACCGUUCUUAUUCAAUACUGCACAUGAUUAGGUUUAAGCAAGACCUGUUCGAGUGAAAAGAGCUGAAGCACAUUAAAGUAAGAUACUGAGUAGGAAAACAAUCCAGGAAGUCCUUAUGUUGCUGACUGGGACUCUUCAUAUUUAGCAGAUUUUAAGGCUUAGCUAAAAUUACGGUCAAAAAUUCCUAACUAACGUGGGGAUUCAAGGGGAUUUCAGCUGAUUUUUUAAGUGGGAAGUAAUUGAUGCACAAUCUUCCUUCAUCUCUCUGCAUAUGGGUCUGUAUAUAUAGGGGACAUUCACAGAAUCACAUAAUGUUAGGGAUUAGAAAGGACCGUGACAGAUCAUCUAUUCCAAUCCCCCUGCCGGAGCAGGAACACCUAGAUCAGGUCACACAGGAACACAUCCAGGUGGGUUUUGAAUGUCUCCAGAGAAGAAGACUCCACAACCCCCCUGGGCAGCCUGUUCCAGUGCUCUGUCACCCUCACUGUAAAAAAAGUUUUGUCUCAUAUUUAAGCGGAACCUCCUAUGUUCCAGCUUACACCCAUUGCCCCUUGUCCUAUCAUUGGAUGUCACCGAGAAGAGCCUGUCUCUGUCCUCCUGACACUCACUCUUCAUAUAUUUAUAAACAUUUAUAAGGUCACCCCUCAGUCUCCUCUUCUCCAAACUAAAGAGAGACAGCUCCCUCAGCCUUUCCUAAAAUGUAUCUUGCACAUUGACCAGCAUGAUAUCAGAAGUGCUCACAUUACAACUAGCCAAAAGCAUUUGAGACAUUUAUUUUCAUUUACAGCAUUUCACUACUCACAGUGUUGUUUUUAAUGACAUAUGGCAUGUGCAUUAAUGAAAACUGAAGGAUGUGACAGUCAAUGUCGUUACAGCUGCGGCAUGCCUCAGUUAAAAAGAACGUGAUAAUGUCGUAACUCCUGUUGCCCCUGAAGUCUGGAAUUGUUCUCUGGUUUGCAUUGUCACUCUCUAAGGAACAACAUUUUGAGUUGUAUUAAAUAUUAAGCCACAAAAAAUAAAUAUUGGCCAAAGGAUUGUAAUAGAUGAUAAACUCAGAAAAGUAUCCUGCAUUUGAAAUAGAGAAUAAGCCUAAAUAAGAAACCCAUUCUGGACCAAAACAAUUUUUCAAGACCCUUUCUCCUCUCCAGAUUCAGCCCCAUUCCCUUGCACUACGUACAGCACAAUAUGAAGCCUGUAUGCAAGAAACUGCUGCACUGAAUUCAGGAAAAUGAAUUUAAACUAUUGUUGUGUAGUAGUAUUUUCAAAUCUUGCUUAAAGCAUGUCUCCUUUGGCUGGUUAUGAGGAAUGUAUUUAAACAGUGUUUGCAGUUGCUUAAGUUCUUAUAUAGUAAAUAUUCACAGUUGCUACAGCUUUCAGAAAAGGCUGCUGGACACAGACUGUGCAACAAUAUUUUUGUGUCACUCCCAUGCAAUUGAGUUCAGGUCCGUCUUUAUAAUAGGCUGGUUUACACAUUCUAAUUAUUAUCAACACUACAAUGAUUUUCACUGCAAAAAUAUAACACGCUUUUUAGAGAAGGGCACACAAGAGAGAGGCUACUGAUGCUUUCUUGAGGCAUGUAAAGUACUUCAUUAAAUAGCCAGUAACAACCACUGAGGGUUUUUUUUUCAUUUCUGUGCAAAAUGCAUUAAUAUUACCUUGCAAAAUUAUGCUGUUUGCACUUAAUCAUUUCAAUUAAUCUUUAGUAAAUUACCCACUACUUUGUAAUUAUAAUAUUUGCAGCUAAUUUAGUGCCAUUCUAAAAAAUCAUUUGUUGCAUAAUAUAAGCAAUUAACAUUUAGUCAUUUUUUCUUUUGCAGGGAGAUAUAUAAAUUAUCCUCAGUGGCCUUUCUGUACACCUAAUUAGCACCUGUCUGAAUUAUUCUACAGGCUAUGGACAUUUCAUUUGAAAAAUAAAUGCAUUGCUAGUUUCAUGAACUCUUUAUAAAUACACAGUUGUAAAAUUUACUUUCCAGGUGAAUACAAAAAUAUGUUUUCAUAUGUCUUCCGUGUUUACGAGGUAGGCUAGGCUCUUAGGCUAUUACAUCUAGAAUAGGUGCUGGCAUUUUUAAUGCAUUUAAAAUGGAAAUAGUCAGAUACCUUUCUUGCAUAAUUUAGUAAACUAUCCCAGAUUUGUAGCGUAUUCUGUAAUGAAAAGGAAAGCAAGGGGACAUCAAGAAUAUAGAUCCUAAUGUAACUCUCCCACUUCUGUAUAUGCAUAUACAACUAGGAAGUUUAAUUAAUUAGGGACUAUCCAAAGCAUUUCUGUGCUGUAGUGUCAAGGAUAAAGUUGUGGAAAUUAAAGCAGAUUGCUUCAAUGUUGUAAGCAAGCUUUGAGGUAAACACUAAUUUUCUAUUUAAAUGCAGAGUAUAUUGACUAAGAUCAUUUGAUCUUUCUAAAAACGAGAUCUGAAGCGUUCUAACAAGAAUGCCAAUAUGAAAUAUUUACAACCGCCACACAUAUGAAAUUAGGAAAUCGAAAAGAUUUUGAGAUUUCUCUGUGUGUAUAAAAUGUUGCAACAGACUCAGCUCCUAUAAAUGAGCACAGCUCCUUUGAUUUCAGUUUAGCUAUGUAAAUUUACCCCAGCCUAGUAUCUAGCUCAAGAAUGUGAAUUCCUUCCCAUCUUUUUGCAGGUGCAGAAAAUCAAGAGUAACUGCAGAGAUUACAAAAUUUGCAUUACAGUUUUACAUUCCUUGGGCCAUUGAUCAGAUAAGUAUCAUCAUGCCUCAAAAGGAAAUCCAUAACACAUGGGAUGCCGUGAGUCUUCUGGCAUUUUCCAUUUCCAGGGGCAUGGCAGGGGCCUUUUCAAGAGAAACAGCUGGUACGAUCUGGAGGCUAAGAGGAGCUGUUCAUACUGUGAGUAUCUUUUAGGCGAGAAAGUCUUUCUCAGAGGUUUGUUGAUAUAGAUCAGGCCUUGAGGCAGAUCAAGUUUGAUUUUUCUGCUUCAUGUUAAAAUGUAAGAUCCAGGUCUUAAACUGGCCUCAGGAACUCAUUGAGACUUGGUGGAGAGAACAGAUCACAGCUUUGAUAUUUUCACAGAAACUUAAGCAGCGGAGAAGGAAAGCAACCAUAUUCGGCUUCUGAUGAAGCUUGUAUAUUUUUGCAUUAAUUUUCAGAUAAAAAUGACCUGGCGUUUUCCAGGCUAGCGGUGACAAAUUCGUGAGUUCCUGUAACCUUAUGUUAUUCUACAGAGAAGAAGGGAAAUUUCCUCCUGAGUACGAACAAAAAGAAGGUAGUUUUCUUGUUUGUUUUAAAAUUGUAUUUUACUCUGUGCAAAACAUCCAUACUUGGAAGAAAAACAAAAUGGGAUGUUGGGUUUCACAGAGACACAAAUUCGCCUGAUUGGAGUUGUUCUUGGUACAUGUAGUGCUAACAGUCUGUCCAAUUCUCGUGAAAGAGGAUAUCCUCCCCCUUUGGCUCUUUUGUUUGUUUGUUUCAGGAAAACUACAGUAUAUGGCUUAAAAUCAUGUAUAGUCAAAAAACUGUUGACAAGUCCACAAAGCAGUGAAGAAAACAGUUAGAUGUUUGCUGGUGGCGUCAUUAAAAAUGAGAAAAGGAAUUUAACUGGAAUAUUUGAGCUUUCACAUUAGGGAUGAACAAUACAGUUGAAACCUAUUUCUAAAUUACAUAGUUGAAUGAGAGAGCAGGGUAACAUAGCAGCAAUAAUAUAUGAGAUGUUUAUCGUAUACCAUUUUAUCAUAUGGGGCAGUAUUGGAAUAAAAAUGGAAGUCAAUACACUAUACCUUGCAUCAUACCACCAUUUACUGUAUUUACUGUACUCCAAUAUCAGAACUAAUAUAGUAUGAAUGUUUACAAUACACUGGGGUAGAUAUUACAGCAAAAUACGUGCUUUGCCAUUUAGAUUUUUAAAGAAUUAGUUUGUGGCCUCCUAGUCUUUUUUUAGUUCAUUUUAUUUUACAGGAAUUAAUAGGCUGCUUACAUUUGUAUUUUACAUUAGUUGCAUCCUGGGUAUUUUAAGUUCCAAAAUAUAUUGGUUUUGCCCUAAGCUGUAUUCAAGCUAUAAUAAUUAUUUCUGUUUCCCAAGUACAUUUUAUUUGCAGUAUAUAUCUUUAUAUUUUAUUGAAUAAAUUUGUCGGUUUUCUUUAGUUUGUUUUCAGCAUUGAACAUGAUAAAGGCAAUUUAAAAAAGAAGUCUGAUAUUUCUUCUUUUAAGACAUUGAAGAACAAGGUUACUUUGAAAAGUUAAAGGAAACCGUGUUUUGUAAAGGACAGUGAGCUAUGAAUGGGAAUAAAAAUAAAUAAUCC